UCAACAUGGCAGGCCGCGACGUCGGCAGAGAAAACGCUCAGAAAAAAUCGUGCCUCUAUAAGAUACUUUUGCCUCCGCGCUAAUGUGUGUUAUGAUUAACUACUUAAAACAACGCCAAAAUACCUUUCAAAGUACAGUGGCAAAAGCAAAAUAGCACAACAAAAAUAUAUAUAUCAAACAGAAUUCAAAACCCACAAAUAAUACGACAUAAAUUGCUCAAUUCAAAAAUUCCAUUAGUGCUCUUAAAAAAGCUUCAAAAGCAAGAAAAGUGAAGUGAAGUCAAAUAAAGAAGACAAAUAAAAAGUCCAGAAAAGUGCCUGAAACCAAAUGUGUUUUUCCUGAAGUUAAACCCCUUAUUCAAUCCCCUUCACCCCCCCACCAAUUCGGCUUUAAUUCCCCCCAAAAGCACCUAUCUUUCACCUGGUUUCCAACUCAUCAAAAUCGAUACAACGAUUCCUCAACAAAUCGACGAGCAGCACUCAUGAUUUGGAUUAAUAGAAGUCAACUGAAAUAGGCCGAAGCACCCAGGAGCACAGCUGCAAAUAUUAUGGAAAAGGCGAAGGCAUAUAUCAAGAAUGAACUUCGCGGUGGCAGCCAGCAAUCCGAGCCAGCAACGACGCCCACACCGCCCUCGCCGGCCUCGGCGCCUGGAACGCUUCAAGCGACCAAGCAGCCAUAUCCACCCAUGGAACUGAUGCCCUCGCCCGGAGCAGCAGCACAUCGCACACGAACGCCCAGUGAGCAAUACCACCUGGGCUAUCCGCCACAUCCCGCCCAGCAUUACUAUCCGGCACACACAGGAGCACCUAGUGGGGUCAAGUCCACGGGACGAGCCUCAGCACCGCCCGAGCAUCAUCAUGUGCCCAUAAGCAUUUGCUUUGUGUGCGGUGGACAUGGUGGCUAUGAGCAGCAACCCCUGAGGAUACGCCACAAUCCCGAGCGUCCUGGGGAGUCAUAUUUCCCUUUCCUGGAGCGUCAUGAACCGCCUAACGGGGUGGCUUCUGUGUCUCCUGCCCAGGAGUACGUGUGGGCCUGUAUGCUCUGCUUUCGAUCCCUGAACGAGCAAUGGGACUCGUACGAGCGGCAGAAGAAGCCGCUGCUGCAGCGCAUCUACCACAUGAAGCGGGUGGAUGGUAAGGGAUAUAUAGGAGCAGAUGUGGCCACCCAGAGCGAGUAUGCUGCCCAGGUACUGGGUCUGAGUGCCGAGCAUCUCACCCAAAAUGGACUGGUCGAAGGUCACGGGGACCCCUAUGCCCUGGCUCGCCACUAUUCACCGCAGCAGCAGUCGUCGCAUCAUCACCACCUCAGUACCUCAAGGAAUGCCUCACCCUCGCCCAAUCCCAGUGCUGCCGGUGGGGCAGGCGGAGGCGGCGGCGUCGGCGGUGGUGGGGACUUUUAUCCCCGGAACUCUACGCCCUCGAGCAACCACAACAGAUACCUGAGCAGGCCACAAUCACGGGAUAUGCCCGUGGCCUCGCCCAUAUCGCGACCGCCCAGCGAACCGCCGGCCAUUAAGCCAUCCAGCGGCUAUGCUCAGCAAAAGUACAAGCUCAGCCCUGCACCACCGCCGGCCACAUCCGCAGCUGGUUACCAGGCACAGGCGCCCUAUCAUCCCGCCCAGUAUCAGCAGCUCCAGCAGCAGACGGCCGCCUAUCACUUGCUGCAGCAGGCAACCGCUGGGGGAGGAGGCGGAGGAGGAGCCACGGAAUCGGCACACUAUAAGGGUAAUCCCUACACUGCCUUGCCCUCACUAGGUGGAACACUCGGACCGCCGCCCAUCUCAACUCUGGAAGAUGACAAUGCCACCGUGUUGGAUCUGCGAAAUUCAUCCAGCACCUCUAGUGCACCACCGCCAGCACCGCGUCAUGCAGCCAGUAGUGCUUCGACAGCGAUGCCCUCCAGCCAGCCCCAAACGGAGGUGGGUAUCCUGGAUCUAUCCAUGCCCGACAAGAACUCCAUUACCGAGGUGUGCUACGUUUGUGGUGAUGAGCAACGAAGAGGUAGCCUCAUAGAGUUGAGCACGGUUAAGCCCCGGGAGACUGGAAGACCUGGACAACCGACGGCAUACUUUCCCCUGUUCAAUGAGCAGCAUCCACGACCAGCUCGCUCCCGGCCAAAGGACCCGCGUGGAAUGAUCCAGGCAUGUCAGAUCUGCUACGAGGACCUCAUGCACCAGUGGAACGCUCACCAGGCCUCCAACAAACCGGAAUCGGAGCGUUCGUAUCAGCUGCGAAAACGCUCCACGCCCGCGGCCGAGAGAACCACCUUUGUAUGCUACACCUGUGGUACGGACACGCCCUCAUCCCAGCUGCGACUGGUCUACUGCUGUCCGAAUGCCGAGAGGGAACCCUAUUAUCCAUUCAUCAAGACCAUGAAGGUCUACAAGAACGCUAGUCCAAUUAGUCCGCAGGGCAUGGUUCAGGUCUGUUCCACCUGCAAUGAGAAGCACAGCAACCUGGCGGAAGGUGGUCCCCCGCCAGCCAACUCCACCAUUUCCCACUCGGCCGUGGGUGGCGUUGCCAUUGGCUCACCCAGCGCUGGACAAUCCCUGGAAUCGAACUCUGUGGUAUAUAGUGCCAGCGGAGCGAUAGCUGCACCCUUUGGGGGUCGUAAUUCACCAUCGGAGAAGUCCCUGGCCAAUUCAGACUCCAUGAGUAAUGUGCGAUUUAGGCCCUACGAGACGAACUCAAACAAUUCCAACUCAAACACGGCACGCGACCUCAAGCAAAUUCGUCGCAGCGAUUCGCGCCCAAAUUCGCCGAGUUCCAGUCAAGGAGGAGCCAUCGAGAAUGGGCACGGGCAGUAUCCUUGCUCCAUUUGCAAAGUGCUUUGCCCUUCAAACAAAAUGGAUUGGCUGUCCACCAGUGCCGAGCACAUGAACUCCCAUGCCAUGCACUUUCCCUGUCUCAAGGCCAAUGCUGUAACCAGCAAUAAUAACAAUAACAAUAAUAAUACCAAUAACAACAACAACAAUACAAAUAACAACAACAACAACGAGCUAAACAGCAAUCGCGUGUUAGCGUGCAAGGACUGCAAGGAUUACUUGGCCAGCCAAUGGGAAUCGAUGGAUGCGGAACGCGUACCCCUCGAGCACAGAAGAUACAACAUUCCCUCGCCCAUGCUGACCUCCAGCUCACCGAACGGAUCUCGGCACGGCGCCAUGAGCAUCAACACUCCGCCCUCCACGCCAUCCAUAUCAUCGUCGACGCCUGCCAGCACCUCAAUAUAUUGUUUCCUUUGCGGCCUGCACUCGGACUUGACGUUAGCCAGGGUACUCUAUGCCAGCAAAGAGGGUUCGAGGCCUUAUUUUCCAUUGUUACUCAAACAUAAUUCAUUACCCAAUGCUGAGCAACUGAGAAACAAUUCGGCCCUGGUCUGCACCUUUUGUUACCAUUCCAUGUUGAAUCAGUGGCGCAAAUAUGAGGCCCAGAGUCCCAGUGUGAAUCCAGCGGAUCGUAAAUACAAUUGGCAUGAUUACAACUGUCACCUGUGCGGCAUAACGACUUAUAGGAAGCGUGUCCGGGCAUUACCAGUUAACGAGUUUCCAUUCGUGAAGCACCAGAAGAGUGACGAUGGCCUGCUUUUGGAGAAUGGAGAAUAUGCGGUCGUCUGCCUGGAUUGCUACGAGAGCUUAAGACAACAAGCCUCGCAGCACGAUCGCUUUGGGGUGCCCAUUUCCAGGCGGGCUUACAACUGGGUGCCACAACCACCACCGCCAGAGGACAGUCCCGAGGCCGCAGUGGCCCGUCUGCCCUGUGGCGAGCGUUCCGAUCGUAUUCUCAUUAGCAGUGCCUUGAGGCCCGUGCCAGGGAAGAAGACCACAUCGCCCAAGCAGUACGACAAGUCAAAAGAAGUGCCGCCAAAGGCUGGACAAAAGCGACCAGCCACCAGCCCGGCGCCGCAUAUUCCAGUGCCGCACCACCUGCAGACGCCUCCUGGUGGCGGCGGUGGUGGUGGUGGCGGCGGUGUGCCUGGAUCCACGGUGGCCAGCAGUCCGGCGCCCACGUCGGCCGGCAGCAAUGCCCUGCUGAACCAUGCCCUGCCCAGCAACCACAUUGGCACCCCGUCGCCGCAGCAUUCCCACCAGCAACACCAGCAGGCACAGCAGCAGCACCAGGCCCAGCAGCAGGCUGUGGCCGCUGCAGUGCAGCAGCAGCUGGCAGCUGGCGUGGGUCUGCCCCCAGGAGCCAUCGGUGCCGCAUCGGCGGCCAGUAGUCGUGGCUCCUUUGCCGCCGCACUGCGUACGCUGGCCAAGCAGGCGGACAACAAAGAGGACGAUGUGGGUGGGGACAGGAGUGUGCCCACUUCAGGAGCAGGCGGACCACCGCCAUCGGCGGGUCCAGGACCGCUGAAUUCUGUGGCGGGACGUGUGGGUUCCGAGCGGCCUGGCGAGGAUAGAGUGGCCAGUAGCAAGAAGCGCUCACCGCCCUCGCCCCAGCCCCCGGAGAAGAUAGCCCGACUGAGUCACACGCCGCAAACGGCAUCGCUGCAGCCAGAGCUUCUGGCCAGAAGCGGAUUCCAGCCGUACAGAUCGGACGAGCGACUGAUGCAUCCGGCGGGCGCCUUUCCCCUGGAGGCCUACUCGCACUUUGCGGGUCUGCCCGGGAUUCCACCAGCAGCUUUCCUUAACCCCGCUGGACUGCCGUACACGGAGCAGCUGUACCUGGAGCAUCGCUACCAACUGUUCCGUGCCGCUAGUGCCCAUCCUUCGCAUCCGCAUGCGGCCGCACUGUAUCCACAAAUGGCCUCGCCCUACUCCCACCUCUAUUCGAUGAUGCCGGGAGCAGCACUGGGCAUCUCACCGGCCAUGCACGACCGGAUCAAGCUGGAGGAGGAGCAUCGAGCUCGAUUGGCGCGAGAGGAGGAGCGCGAGCGGGAAAUGCAGCGGGAGAAGGAGCGAGAGUUGCGCGAGCAGCGAGAGAAGGAGCAGCGGGAGAAGGAGCAGCGCGAAAAGGAGCAACGCGAGCGGGAGCGAGAGCAGCGUGAGAAGGAGCAGCGGGAGAAGGAGGCACGGGAGCGGAAGCUUCGCGAUGAGGAACGUGAACGGGAGCGGGAGCGUCAGCAACUGCUAAACGCCUCUCACCAUUACUCCAAUCAGCUGUACUCGCCUCUGAACAGAAACCUCCUCGGCUCCAUGAUUCCCCACAUCAAUCUUAGCCUGCGUGGACCGCCAGGAGCUCUGCACGGCCUGCCAGGAAUGUCGCACUACCAUGCGGCGGCGGCCAACGCCCAGCGCCAGAGUCCGCAUGCCGCCAUGGGUCUCAACCUAGGCAUGGCAGGGCUUCAAGGCGUGGGCGUCUCCCCACUUGGGGGCCACGGACCGCCCAAUCUGCAGCACCACUUACAGCAGGCGGCCAUGGGUCUAGCUCACCCGGGGGCUGCUGGCCUCACGCAUCCCGGUUUCUCGGCAGCCGCCCUUGGGCUAAGUGCUCAUCCCCACAGCUUGAACCUCAGUCAUCCGCACAUGUCACCGCAUCAUCCCGCCUCGCUGGCCGCCCACCAGCUGCCGCCACACACUUCGACGGCAGGCGGGGGAGGGCUUAGCAACUCCAUUCCUGUGACAGCCAGCUCCAGUCUAUCGGUGUCCUCGCCCCACAGCAGCCUCAACCUUACGUCGGCCGUAAAGCUCAAUUCGGAGCAGGUGCCCACCUCGACGCCCAGCGGUGUCAGUGGGAGCGGCCUGCCGCCCACCACCUCCAGCUCGCACAUUCCCAGCAUGGGCCACUACUACCACCAUGGCCACCUGGCGGCCAUGCAUGCAGCAGCGGCAGCCGCCAGCGGAAUGACCCCCACGGCAGCCCAUCAGCAGCAGCCGCUCUCGCUGCCCAGCUCACCCAAGAUCACGCCGCCCAUCACUCCGUCUGCGUCGGCGAAUGGUGGGCGGGCGGGCGGUAGUCCGCAUGCCAUGAGGCAUCAUAUUGCUGCUGCAGUGGCAGCAGCUGCUCAACAAUCGGCUCUGAUAGACAAGGCUGCCACGCCGGUCACCCAUGAGCCGGCCACCUUGGACCUCACCGGAUCCAACUCGAAUUCGAGUAACCAGGCUCCAUCGAAUGCCAGCAGUGGCCAGCCAGUGAAUCACGAACUGAACGGCGCCGAGUCCAAUGGGGCUUCCCAGGGGGAUAGCAAGGAGCAGGUGACCGCCAUCAAGGAGGAUCCGCUCAAGAGCUCGCCACCACCAGUGGUGCUCGAAAAGAAGCCGGCCACGCCGAAUGCAGCUCCGGAGAAGCCCAUCCAUCCGGAUAGUUCGCCGGAGCACUCGUCCCGACGCAGUGCCAGUCCACAGUCGGAGACAAACAACUCGCUGCCAGCGGCAAGCGCUGCGGUAGCAUCAGGUAAAUGCAAAGAGGCCCCAAAGAUUCUAGACUCGGACACGACCGCCACACUGCCCAAGACAGAUGUAGCUGCAGAGCCGGAGGAGAAGCAGCGCACGCGGCUAUCCGUGUCGCCGUCACCAGCACCCCCUAAGACCAUGGGUGUCGCUUCACCCGACACGGUGUCCACCUCCGGUGGGGUUACAUCCACCACAAGUGGCACCACACCGCCGCCAGUGGUUAGCAGCAGCACUAGCAGCGCCACCAAGGGGCUACCGGCGGUGACCAGCGAUGAGGUAUCCACUAGUGCCGCCACGCCCACUGCCGAGCCCACCAGAUGAUCGAACCCCUGGCGGGAGUGGGUCUCCCAGUGGAGCGGAGUUACGUUUAGGUUUAAGUUUGGAGAAGAAGAGUCGCCUCGGAUCGAAACUAGUUAACAUCUACCUUCAGUAACAUUUAACUAAGCGAUAAUUUAGUUGUUAGUCGAGCGUCUUUAUUUAUACAAGAAUUUGUAAUGUAUUGCCAGCCAGCGCCGCUUAGAUCCAAUUCUAAAUGUUUUAAUCCCUAGUUACUAUUAUUAUUUGCCCUAUUUAAUUGUGAAACGUAUAAUUUUAGAGAUGGCCUGAAUAAAUCAUUUUCUGUUUACCAUUCA